AAUGGAGUCAGAAAAAACGAAACAUGUUAUUAAAAUAGACGAAUUUCUAGGCGUGGAUAGGACAUCUCUUCCCCCAUGCUGUGUAUGUGGCAGUUCUUCAUCUGGAUCUCAUUACGGCGCAUUCACUUGCGAGGCUUGUAAAGUAUUCUUUAGAAGAAGUUCAAAAAAACAUCAACAUUACAAACGUAAUGGAAGAAUUCAUGUUGGUAUGUCUGUUAAUAAUAAAAAACAAGGACGUUAUUCACAAGAGAAAAAAUUGGUGAAUUAUCAAAGAGCAACCGAAAUUUCCAAGAAGAGAAUGAUGUAUGCUAUACCGUCUGUACCAAGUUUUACAGACGCUGAUGAAAUGCUUAUGAGAUGUUGUGAAGUACUUUGUGAUAUACGAAACAUUGACUGGGGAAAUGAUUUUCCAAAUUUAGAAGAUAUUUUGAAAACUGCAAAAGAAGGAAUUGACAGUCAGGAUUGGAAAAAUGAUAGAAAGAAGUUUACCAUAGCAGAUGAAAAAGUUAUUGCAUUUAGUAUCAAAAGGUCUUUUAUUGAUAUAAUAUAUGUGACUGUUUUGGGAUUUAACAUUCAUACUUGGGAUGAGGAACAAUUAACUCUAAUGAUCCGUGAUCACCGCUUCUUCGUUACUAUAAAUUGUUUUUAUCAUAAAAAAGAUGCAGCCAUGAAGAGCAGAAUUUUUGAGCGAUAUCGUCAAUUACAUCCAACAUUUGAAGAAUUAACACUUAUUGUAAUGCUGUCCAUCCUACGACCAAAUCGACAAUACCCUCACUUUCAGUCACCUUAUAAUAAAAUGACUAUAGGCUUUACAAGAUACCUCCAGAGUGCUUACGGAAAUGAUUACGCAAUGAGGAUGAGAGAUAUUAUAAAUUUUCUAUCAUUUGUUACUAUGGAAACAAUUGAAGCUCAAAAAUGGAAACCAAAUAUUUUCCAAUAUUAUCGAAAUUUAUAUUCGAAUGAUGUAGUUAAGAAAUUUUUAUUUCAAGCAUCUUUUGAUCAACAGCAUGAACUUUUAGCCCCUGACCAAUCAUCGUUAUUGAGUCUUGCUUAG